AAUGAAGGAGAGGCGUUUCAAGCACUUGUCUGUUCGUCCCCCCUGCAAACUCCAAAAGUGAUUUGUAACCCUCUCCUUAGUUACCGCUAUCGACCCGUCCCCAUGGCUUGUGAAAUCCUAAUGCGUGGGCUACCCGGAUAUGCUGCGCUUUUUCUGUCUGCCACCGGUCGUUUCAAUGAGACAGUAAAGAGAACAAAAUAAUAUUUCAUUGAAAUCUUGGCCUCAAAUUUCGUAUACGUCAUGUAUCAUUAUUGAAUGGGAUUUCUUUAUCAUUACUGAAGUGAAAGAGAUUCAAAUAUGAAAUAAGCGGUUGUAUUUAACACCAUAUCACGCGAGGAAAUGGACCCACGACUGUUCAAAGAAGGUCUUGGGAUUCCCCCGGGUUAUCAUGACGAACAAAAGUUGGACAAAUACGCUCACAGCAUUGCCUCUUCAAAGGACUCAAGACAUUCAGAUUUCAGGUGAGGCUUCAUUUUGUCAAAACCAUUGGCAGUUUCUAUUAGUCAAUCAAGCAAAAUGUAUAAUUUAUUUAUUGCGAUAAUAUAUAAUUGUUUCCAGGUUUGUAGUAAUAGGGGUUAAUUCUUAGGAUUUGCAUUAACCUUUGCAAAGUUCUUAAAUUUUGAAACUGUUGGACAGGUGCGUUGUAGACAUUUACUAUUUUUUAUUAGCUUUUAUGCCAAACUUUAUUAUAAAAAAUAUUAAAUUUAAAGAUUUCAAAUGUAUUAGCUGAAUGCAAUUCUGAAACUUUGCUUUUGAAAACGAACGUUUGUUGUUUAAAUUGUUUGACUAAAUAGAAUUAAUUUUUUAGGAAAAAUAGUUUGACCUUAAUCAAUGUUUAAUAAACUGAUUAGUUUACAGUUAAAUUCCAUAGCUUGUACAUUUGGUAUAUCAAACGCGUGCUAACAAUUAUUUCAAAGCGCUAAUAUUACAGUUUCCAAUCAGCUUUUUACGGCUCGAAAUAAGACAUAAUCUUCUGUUUAAAAAGUAGCACGACUUCCAGAAUUUGCCUAUAGCAGAUGAAAGAGACAAACUUCUGGCACUCUGAUUCAGCCAUAUCAAAUAUUUCGGAGAGUUCAGCGGUGUACCAAAUAGUUUUUUUUCCUAAUCUACACUAAAUAUGCAUUUCCCCUACAAUGCAACCUUGAAUCUAAAUAAUGUGGCAUAUAUUAAAAUACGGGAAAAUAUGUUUAUUUUAAUAUUCAGUCAUUUAUAUGAGUAUGUGUGUGUGUGUGUAGAAAGCUCUAUAAAAAUAUUAUAGACAUUUGAUCAUUGCGAAAUGGAUUGAAUUUGUAUCUGGAGAAGUUCAAAAUUUUAAUUAAAGAACUUUUGGUGGAAAAUAAAAUACCGGUACUUGAUAUAAAUUUUAGACUUGUUUAAAAUCGUGGAAGCAGACCGGGUUCGUGUUGUGUUUACAGUGUUUGUAUUCCAAUGAAAUUAAGUUAAAUUGUAUCUUUAACUUAAAGUUAAUACUUUGGCAUUGUUUUUCGACUAUUCAUUAAGGAAUCCUCAAAAGAUACUGACUUGCCAGCGAGUUGUCUUUAUUAUCAUUAUUUUCUUUGGGUGUAACAGACAUAAUCUUGUGAAUCUCUUAAGUAAGAUUUUAUUCUUAUUUUUAGGACCAAAAGUGUUAUCGUCCUUAUUUCAUUGCAGUGAUCAAGAUAGCAGUGACGACGAAAGACUUAGCGGGCGACACGGAGAACCCUCCGGCAGAGACAACGAUUCUCGGUCCUCAACGAAACUCCAAGACAGCGACGGGCGUUUUCACGUGAACGGCAGCUUCGAAAACAAUGACGAAAGAGAUUUACUUGAGCCAAACUACACGGGAGGGGACGUAGAGGGAAAGAUGCGAUCUAAGAAGCCAUCAAGUGGACAGAAACAUGUACGUCUAAACAUUAACUCGCGUGAGAGGCGGAGAAUGCAUGACUUGAACGAUGCCCUAGACGAGCUUAGGUCUGUCAUCCCGUACGCACACAGCCCCUCGGUGAGAAAGCUCAGUAAAAUAGCUACUCUUUUAUUGGCCAAAAAUUACAUCUUGAUGCAAGCCCACGCCCUUGAGGAGAUGAGGCGUAUUAUUGCCUACCUCAACCACCAUUCGUCUCUGGGGGCUUUAGAGGCCAUCCCCUAUCCGCAUCUGUCCCAGGCUAGUCCUUCUCGUAGAUCAGGGACGUCAGUGGACAGGGACAUGCAGUAGAUCGUGUGCACGUUGGCUAUACAUCCGAGAAAAUCAUGAACAUCUGUAACUGCAUCUAAACCAUUAAUUAAUCAUUAUAAGUUAGUUGCCAACAGGACUGAUUAAAAUACACGAAUUUUUAACAGAUAGAACUAUUAAAUUAUAAAGACCUACUAACACCCAUGGCUUUUCAGCCAAUAUGUUAUUAAAAGACAAAAGUUAAAACAGUUUAUAGUUCAUUUGUAACUCACUGUUGGUAGUUUUUCCUAUAAAUCUCUGCAUGCUGUACAACAGUUAACUUUCCACUUUUUAUUUGUCGACAAAAAUAAAGUUAUUUCUUAAAAUACUACGGCACGACAAACAAGUAGAUUAAGAAAAUGUUGUGUGGUUAACAAAAUAGCCUAACUUUGGUGCUUUACUUGAGGAUUGUCACAGGGUUGGUGUAGAAUACAGUAGAAAAUAGUACGUUAAUUUAACUGAAAAUGAAGCUUGGCGAGAAUCUUUUCAUUGUUCAAGAAAGUCAAGACAAUUCCUUUUUUGUUUAAAAGUGUUUAAGUGGUUUGUUUAAAUUGUCUAUACCAUGUGACCUGAUUCAGCUGACUGCAAUUUGUUUACACUGUCUAUGCCAUGUGAUUUGAGUCAGCUGACUACAAUUUAGGUAUUUCAUUUUUCAUAC